AUGGCGGACACUGCCUCGAAGCAUCGAGCUGAGUUUGCCUUUGCUCAGCUCGAGAACGAGAGAUCUCUGACAUCUCUUCGUGACGAGCUAAGGGUAGCUCGUGGGAUUGCUGAUCGGUCUCGGGAUGAGAUAACUGCUCUUCAGACCCUUGUUGAUGCCCACCAUCGGGAGCACAAGGCUCUCUGCGAGAUGCUUGAGCGCAAGGGCAUUCUUCAUCGGAAGAAGCAGCGUACUGAUGGUACGGCAUAA